UAUCCAACAUGGUGUUGAAAAUGGACCUAAGGCAGCCAAGGUGCCUGCCACACAUGAACCCACCGACACCUCGACCGAUACCGAGGUGCCGUGUGUCCCACUAGCAUUAUUCAUAAUUUUACUAGCUGAGACAAACAUGUAAUUUUUACUCUCGCCUCUUUGCUGAUUCUAAUCCCCCUAACACACUACGAGAAGCUCAAUUUAGGCAUUAGGGUAUUUAGCUAACUCGUUUAACGAUUUCUCCAUAGAAAGAUGGAUUCAGAAGAUUCUAAUCAAUUCAAGAUAAUCUUGGGUUCGUCUUCUAUUGCCCGUAAAAUGAUUUUAUCUGAAAUGGGUUAUGAGUUCACCACCAUGUCGGCGGAUAUUGAUGAGAAAGCCAUUCGAAAAGAAAAGCCCGAAGAUUCGGUUAUGGCUCUUGCAGAGGCGAAGGCAGAUGCCAUUGCAUCAAAACUUCAAAAUAUUGAAAAUCAAGAGAAUGAUGGCAAACCUACGGUUUUAGUUGCAGCUGACACAGCUGAAGCUAUCAUUCCAAAGCUUCGUGUUGGUGAAUACAAAGAAGAUGCUGAGCCUACAGUUCUAAUUACUUGUGAUCAAGUGGUGGUCUAUGAAGGUAUGAUCAGGGAAAAACCUUCCAACAAAGAGGAAGCACGUCAAUUCAUCAAAGGUUACUCUGGUGGGCAUGCAGCAACCGUGAGUUCUGUUGUUGUUAGGAACCUCAAGACAGGAUUCAGAAGAGGAGAAUGGGACAAAGUGGAGAUUCAAUUCCAUGACAUACCUGAGCACAUCAUAGAUAACUUGAUUGAAGAGGGCAAUGUGCUCUAUGUAGCUGGAGCACUGAUAAUUGAACAUCCUUUGGUGUUACCAUACGUCAAAGCAGUGGUGGGUACGACAGAUAGUGUAAUGGGACUUCCAAAAGCUCUUACAGAAAGACUGAUAAAGGAGGUUCUAUAAAUUGCUCCUGUUUUAGACCCUGUACUGUUCUUGUUUAUGGUGUUCUCUACCAUGAAGCAGACCACUACAUUGUAUUCCUUUCGAGCCCCUUAUACAUUGAAUACAUUCUUUUGAAUUAUUUUUCUCGUGUUGACCAGUGCUAUAGGCUAUAGCAUUAUCAUGAUAGUACAUUUUAAUUGGGCUUGUGAAGGAUAAACGUUGAGACCCCCAUUUCUAUUUCUAGAACGGUCUUUUAAAUUUGGGUGGGCUGACCCCCUAAUAUUUACGUGCAAUUGGCACAAAGAACACUGAAUGGGAAAGUUAAUGGCUGGAGUACUCUUUUUUUA